AGGGUUUCCUUCCAGCUCCUCACACAAAUUCCAAGGAUUUCUUUUUUUUAUUUAUUUAUUUUUUUCUUGCAUUUCUUCCCCUUCCUCCCCCGUUUAAUGCAAUUUCAGAGCUUGUCUCCGCUGUCUCCGCCCGGGCUCUGUUUGACUGUUUCUCCACUUAUACUUCCAAAAAGUGCGUCUCGGCUGCCGAGAAACGGGACUUUGAUCACUGUGAUGAAUAUUUCUGCGUUUCGGCACACAUCUCGUCUUCCUGUAGUUUCAGCUGGAUCGGGAACGACAGAUUGGACACUGUUUAUCCGCGCCGCGUUGGACUAACGUUGUGUGCGAGAUUAGACGGACGACAUCGUUUUAGAAAAGUUGCAGGAUAUUUAUUUUCCUAUUGCGGUGUGUGGACUGGUCCUGGGGGGUUAGUGAGGAGGGAGUGGGUUAACGGACUCCUCACUUUGGAUUUACGCACAAGAACCUUUCACCCAAACAUUGCCACUCGACACCGCGAGCCUGUGAUUUAUCCCCCGAGUUCAGCUGUGGAUUUUAUCCGUGGUGUGAUUUGUGUUAAGUCCACUGUCGCCCCCUAAGAUUGCCGCAAAGCUGAGACUCGCACACCAUCAUGCAUCGCUUCUUGGAGAAAAUCUGCUGCAAAAUCGAGGGAAGUGGAGAGGCAGCAUGACUUGCGCUCUGGAUUGCUCUGAAUCUGCAUUCCUUUCUCAUAUAAUAUCUUAAUGCUGUUCCAUUUUGGUUUACAAAUAUGAUGAAAUGGCAGCCCCGGAAGAAGGCAUACUUCCGACAGGGUGUUGCCCUUCAGUACCUUGGUCGUCAUGCCGACGCACUGGCCGCCUUCGCCUCGGGGCUGGCGCAGGACCCCAAGAGCCUACAGCUGCUGGUGGGCAUGGUGGAAGCCGCCAUGAAGUCACCGCUACGAGAUUCUCUGGAGCCCACCUAUCAGCAGCUGCAAAAAAUGAAGCUGGACAAAAGUCCCUUUGUGGUGGUGUCGGUAAUUGGCCAGGAGCUGCUGACAGCGGGCCACCACACGGCCUCAGUAGUGGUGCUCGAAGCUGCUUUGAAGAUCGGCACAUGCAGCCUCAAGCUACGUGGCUCCGUCUUCUCGGCCCUCAGCAGCGCCCACUGGUCCCUGGGAAACACAGAGAAGAGCACCGCGCACAUGCAGCAAGACUUGGAGGUGGCCAAAACCUUAGGUGACCAAACAGGGGAAUGUCGUGCUCACGGGAAUCUGGGCUCGGCAUUCUUCUCCAAGGGGAACUACCGUGAAGCUCUGACCAACCACCGCAACCAGCUGGUUCUGGCCAUGAAGUUAAAGGACAGAGAGGCUGCUUCAAUGGCGCUGAGCAGCUUGGGCCAUGUAUAUACAGCCAUAGGGGACUAUCCAAAUGCCCUAGCCAGCCACAAGCAGUGUGUCCUUCUGGCCAAGCAGUCCAAGGAUCAGCUGUCUGAGGCCCGUGAGCUUGGAAACAUGGGGGCAGUCUACAUUGCCAUGGGAGACUUUGAAAAUGCUGUACAGUGUCAUGAGCAACAUUUAGGCAUUGCCAAGGCCCUGGAAAACAAACGAGAGGAAGCCCGGGCCUAUAGCAACCUGGGCAGUGCCUACCACUACCAUCGUAACUUCGACAAGGCCAUGUCUUAUCACACUCACGUUCUGGAGCUUGCCCAGGAGCUUGAGGAAAAGUCCAUUGAGAUGAGAGCCUACGCAGGGCUGGGCCAUGCCGCUCGCUGUAUGCAGGACUUGGAGAGGGCCAAGCAGUACCAUGAACAGCAGCUGUCCAUAGCAGAAGGGUUGAAAGACAGGGCAGCAGAGGGACGAGCCUCCUCCAAUUUGGGUAUCAUUCACCAAAUGAAGGGGGACUACGAGACUGCACUGAAACUCCACAAAACACACCUGGCUAUAGCUCAGGAGCUGAAUGACUAUGCCGCCCAGGGACGGGCUUACGGUAAUAUGGGCAAUGCCUACAAUGCUCUCGGAGCGUUUGACCAGGCCGUUCGCUACCACCGCCAGGAACUGCAGAUCUCCAUGGAGGUUAAUGACCGGGCUUCGCAGGCCUCCACCCACGGUAACCUGGCCGUGGCUUACCAAGCCCUGGGUGCGCAUGAUCGCGCUCUGCAGCAUUACCAGAACCACCUCAACAUCGCUCGGGAGCUCCGAGAUGUCCAGAGUGAGGCACGGGCUCUCGGCAAUCUAGGGAAUUUCCACUGCUCCCGAGGAGAGUUUCCUCAGGCUGUGCCCUACUAUGAACAGUACCUCCGACUGUCCCCCGAACUCCAAGACAUGGAGAGUGAAGGUAAAGUUUGUCAUAACCUGGGUUACGCCCACUACUGCUUGGGCAACUACCAGGACGCUGUGAAAUACUAUGAGCAGGACCUAGCUCUGGCCAAGGACCUGCACGACAAACUGAGUCAGGCCAAGGCGUACUGUAACCUUGGUUUGGCUUUCAAGGCCCUAGGAGACUUCACCAAGGCAGAGGAGUGCCAGAAGUACUUGCUGUCACUAGCUCAGUCCCUGAACAAUGCACAGGCUCGUUUCAGAGCUCUAGGAAACCUGGGAGACAUAUUUGUUUGUAAAAAGGAUGUGGCUGGAGCCAUUCAGUUUUAUGAGCAGCAGCUGGCCUUAGCUCAUCAGGUUAAGGAGCGAAGGAUGGAGGCCUGUGCUUAUGCCGCCCUCGGGGCCACAUACAGACUUGUGCAGAAAUAUGACAAGGCCCUUGGCUACCACACCCAGGAGCUAGAAGUGUAUCAAGAGCUCGGCGAUGUGCCAGGAGAGUGCAAAGCCCAUGGCCACCUCGCGGCUGUCUACAUGGCCCUCGGGAAGUACGCCAUGGCCUUCAAGAGCUACGAGGAGCAGCUAGAGCUGGGACGGCGGUUGAAGGAUCCCGUGGUGGAGGCGCAGGUCUAUGGAAACAUGGGCAUCACCAAAAUGAAUGUUGGAGUGAUGGAGGAGGCUAUAGGCUACCUGGAGCAGCAGCUGGCAACUUUGCAGCAGCUGAGUGGAAAUGAAGCAGUAAUGGACCGGGGCAGGGCUUAUGGAAACCUGGGAGAUUGCUACGAGGCUCUGGGAGACUUUGAGGAAGCUAUCAAGUACUACGACCAAUAUUUAUCAGUGGCACAGAGCCUAAAUCGCCUGCAGGACCAGGAAAAGGCCUAUAGAGGCUUAGGCAAUGGACACAGGGCUAUGGGAAACCUGCAGCAGUCGCUGGUGUGUUUCGAGAAGCGGCUGGUUGUGGCGCACGAGCUCGGGGAGUGUGGAGGCAAGGCUCAGGCCUACGGAGAGCUCGGUGCCCUCCACAGCCAACUGGGCAAUUACGAGCAGGCCAUCUCCUGUCUGGAGCGCCAGCUCGCCAUCGCCCGCGACACCCGGGACAGACUACUGGAGGGCGAUGCCAGCUGCGGCUUGGGUGCCGUUUACCAGGCCAUGGGAGAGUACGAGACGGCACUGCGAUGCCAUCAGAGUGACCUGGAGAUCGCAGAGGAAACUGGAAGCGCUGCACGCCAGGCCCGGGCCUACGGCAACCUAGGCCUCACCUACGAAUCGCUAGGAAACUAUGAAAGGGCAGUUGUUUUCCAGGAACAACACCUAAGUGUGGCAGCUCAGACUAAUGACUUGGCCGCCAAAACACUGGCCUACGGCAGCCUGGGGAGAACACACCAUGCACUACAAAACUACUCACAGGCAGUCAUGUACCUGCAGGAAGGCUUGCGGCUGGCAGAGCAGCUGGCUCGGCGUGAGGACGAGGCAAAGAUCCGCCAUCGUCUGGGGCUCUCGCUGUGGGCCAGUGGGAAUCUGGAGGAGGCCCAACAUCAGCUCUACCGGGCGUCUGCACUGUUCGAGACCAUCCGCCAUGAAGCCCAGCACAGCACCGACUAUAAACUCUCUCUGUUUGACCUGCAAACCUCCUGCUACCAGGCUCUCCAAAGGGUCCUUGUCAGCCUUGGCCACCACGAUGAGGCCCUGGCGGUGGCCGAGCGUGGCCGUACGCGGGCCUUCGCCGAUCUGCUGGUGGAGAGGCAGACGGGCCAGCAGGACUCGGACCCCUACACGCCCGUAACGGUUGAGCAUAUCUUGGAUACGGUCAACAGCCAGAGGGCUUUAGUGCUGUAUUUCUCUAUGGCUGCGGGCUACCUGUACAGCUGGCUGCUCGCCCCGGGAGCAGGCAUCCUAAAGUUUCACGAGGUGUACCUGGGAGAGGGCGUGUCGGACGGAGGGUCAGACUUCCAGGAUGGAGGCAGCAGUUCAGUCGUCAGCGGCUCCUCGCUAGAGCAGCACAUUGCCAGUGCCCGCGAGGCUCUGGGAGUGGAGUCUUACUACAGCAGAGGGUGUUCAAGCAGUGAGACGGAGAGCGAGGCGGGAGAUUUGUUGGACCAGCAGUUUGAGGAGCUCAACAACAAGCUUAACUCGGUGACUGAUCCAACAGGCUUCCUGCGCAUGGUGUCAAGAAAUAACCUGUUCAACAGGAGUUGUCAGAGUAUGACCAGCUUGUUCAGCAACACCAUGUCUCCUGCCAAAGACGGUAACUCUUCCCUCCCUCGUCGCUCCAGUAACCUUGGGAAACCUCCACUCCGGGCACUUUAUGAUUUGCUCAUCGCACCUAUGGAAGGGGGCCUGAUGCACUCCAGCGGGCCUGUUGGCAGGCACAGACAACUGGUGAUGGUGCUGGAAGGAGAGCUUUACCUCAUCCCCUUCGCCCUGCUAAAAGGAAGUUCCUCUAAUGAAUACCUGUAUGAGCGUUUCAGCCUCAUCGCUGUGCCCUCCAUCCAUGGCCUUGGAACCAGCGCAAAGGCUUACUCUCGCCGCCCCGGACCAGCUCCGUGUGGUGGCGUCUCAAUGGCAGCAGUGGUGGGAAACCCCAAACUUCCUUCGCCCGUGAUGGACCGCUGGCUUUGGGGGCCGAUGCCCUCCGCAGAGGAAGAGGCUCUCAUGGUUGCCGAGCUGCUGGGAUGCCCACCCCUGGCCAGCACGGCUGCCACCAAAGAGAGGGUCAUGAGUGCCCUCACGCAAGCCGAGUGCGCCCACUUCGCCACCCACAUAUCCUGGAAACUGGCAGCGCUUGUGCUCACCCCAAACCCCGAAAGUGUGCCUGGAGGGGCCAACGCCAGUGUGGGAGUAGGAACGCUGGGCAGAGGAGCCGGUGGGAGAAGAGGUAGCAGUGGUCGAGGGAGGAAGGGCUCCAUUGGAAGCGGCUGUACCAUCCCAGAGUCUCUGCACAUGCAGGAUGACAACAGUGACGUGGACAGUAUCUGUGACAGCCCACCGCUUCAGGAGUUCCUGCUUACAGCUGCAGACAUACUGGACUUGAGGUUGCCAGUAAAGCUUGUGGUCCUGGGGUCGUACCAAGAGUCCAGCAGCAAGGUGACCGCAGACGGCGUUGUCGGACUGACCAGAGCCUUCCUGGCUGCCGGGGCCCAAUGUGUCCUGGUUUCCCUGUGGCCCGUCCCUGUCGCAGCCUCCAAGGUUUUCGUCCACGCCUUCUACACUGCCCUGCUCAAUGGCACCAAGGCUAGUGCAGCACUGGCAGAUGCCAUGAAGACUGUCCAGAGCAGCAAGCAGUACUCGCACCCAUCCAACUGGGCAGGAUACAUGCUAAUUGGCAAUGAUGUGAAGCUUAACAGCCCAUCUUCUCUGAUUGGCCAAGCUUUGGCUGAGAUUCUGCAGUACCCAGAUAGAGCCCGUGACGCACUUAGAGUUUUACUUCAUCUGGUGGAGAAAUCUCUUCAGAGAAUACAGAACGGACAGCGUAAUUCCAUGUACACAUCCCAGCAGAGCGUGGAGAACAAGGUUGGGGGGGUCCCUGGCUGGCAGGCUCUGCUCACGGCUGUGGGCUUCCGGCUCGACUCUGCAGGCCCUGGUAUCCCUGCCGCCGUCUUUUUUCCUACUGCUGACCCCGGGGACAGGCUCCAGCAGUGCAGCACCACUUUACAAUCACUGUUGGGUCUACCACCGCCAGCUCUCCAGGCUUUGUGCAAACUCAUCACAGCUUCAGAGGCAGGAGAGCAGCUCAUCAAUCGGGCUGUUAAAAAUAUGGUGGCAAUGCUUCAUCAGGUGCUGGUCCAACUCCAGACAGGGGAAAAAGAACAGGAUUUCUCCCUGCUGCCCAUUCAGGUGUCCAUUAGUGUGCAGCUAUGGCGGCUGCCAGGAUGCCAUGAAUUUCUGGCUGCUCUUGGAUUUGAUCUAUGUGAAGUAGGCCAAGAAGAAGUGGUGCUGAAGACGGGCAAGAUGGCCAACCGCCGCACCUUGCACUUUGCUCUCCAGUCUCUGCUGGCGCUGUUUGACUCCACAGAACUGCCCAAGCGACUGAGCCUUGACAGCUCAUCUUCCCUUGAGUCUUUAGCCUCGGCUCAGUCUGUGUCCAACCCCUUGCCCAUGGGAUACUCCAGCCUCCCCUUCUCUCCUCAUUGUCUGGACAAUCAAGCAUCAGAUGCCAUCUCAGUCUACAGCCUCAGCUCCGUAGCCUCCUCCAUGAGCUUCGUUUCCAAGUCAGAUUGUGAUUUCCUGAGUCAUCGGCAGCGCGGUGGGGCCACGGCACACUACUCCAUCCACAAACACCCCCACGUUCCCCGUAGUCGCUCGUCUCCUCAUGGGGCCGCUGCUGCAGUGGCCGGAGCGAGGGGGGAUGAAGAGGAAUAUGAGGGCUUUUCCAUUAUCAGCAGCGAGCCACUGGGAACUAACUGUGACUCUCUGCCUUUGCCGCCGGGCCACAGCCAGCGACACCACCGUGGAGGCAGAGGGGUCGGAGGUUCGAGCACAGGGGCAGGACGAGGCUACACUGUCUCAGUAUCGUCAAGGGGCAGUGUCAGCACCCCCACAUCCCCUGUGAAAUCCUCCCUGGUGCCCAGCCCCAACUCCCCCUUCCAGAAGGUGGGUAAGGUGAGCACUUCAGAUACAGGGGAAUCUGACCAGUCUAGUACAGAGACAGAUAGCACUGUCAAGUCUCAGGAGGAAAAAACUGUCCCUCUCGAUCCUCAGGAGCUGGCGCAGAAGAUUCUGGAGGAGACUCACAGCCAUUUACGUGCCGUGGGUAGUCUCCAGCGGGUUGGGGCAGAGGGGGCAAUAGCAGGAGGGACAGCAGGUGGAACAGCAGCUCGGGGCAGCAACUUCCGCUCCUCGGAAACUAGCGCAUUCAGCCGUCCCAAUAGCAGUGCUAGUGGUCGAGCUCAGUCUUCCCCAAAACCCAAACCACCUUCCCGUUCUUCUUCCCUGCAGAAGAUAAGCUCCGGGUACAACAGUCCUGCGGUUUCCGAGUCUUCCCAAAAGGAGGGCAGCCAUCCUUCCCCCACUCUGGACAGCCACGCACAGUUCAAACUGAAGUACCCAAGCUCUCCGUACAGUGGCCACAUCUCUCGUUCCCCCAGUAAUGUGUCCCCUAGUUCUGGUCACCAGUCCCCAGCCGGAAGUGCUCCAUCCCCUGCUCUGUCCUACUCCUCUACGGGCUCUGCCUGUUCCACAUCAGCUGAUGUGCCGGACUUAGACCGGCUAAGAAGAGGGGUAAUUGAUGAAAAAGUCCAAGCUAUCCACAAUCUGAAAACCUUUUGGGCUAAUGCUGCAGCUCAACAACAGCAACAUGUGGGUCCAGUCAGAGCUGUCCACGGCUCAGCGGGACAUCCUGGCAGUAGAGAUGUACUGAGCCUUCUGAACCUUUCUCCACGCCACUGCUCCCCUAAUGAUGCCCAAGACAGCCUGGAGCUGCGGGAGCUAGGGCUGCAGUCACUGGAUAGGGGUAGCAAGAACUCUUCCAAUGGACACCACUGUUCCAACCCCAGAAAAUUGUCACCGUCACCUACCAUUUCUACAAGCAGUAGCCCUGGUGCUCGUUCUAUCCGACUACCUGCUGGCAAUGGAUACAAAUUCCUGUCACCUGGAAGAUUUUUCCCCUCCUCCAAAUGCUGAAACAUUUCAAACUGUCCUAUACUUUUGUUUAUUAUUUACUAUCCUGUGUGCUGGAGGAGUAGGGCUGUUUUUAAGAACACGUUGGUCCACCAGUCUCGACCUACAGUCGGGAGGAUUUCUUUGGUUGGUGAGCGUGCUCCUGCAGAGACACAUGAAUGCUUUAGAGACUGUCUUGUCUUCGUGCCCAUAACACUGUAAAUGGCAAUGAGAAAUACUCAACGACCUGAUACUGUGCUUGUGUGUAACUGUGUGUCAGGUAGAUGUAAAUGCCAUUCAGUAUUUUUCCCACCAACUCUUUGCUGUUUGAGAGGGCCAAGAUGCAACAGCCUUGACUGAUUUCCUCCAUUCUAUUUUUGUUUUAAAAUUAAAUUGUUAUUGUUAUUAUUGUUUAUUGAUGUUAAUAUUAUAAUUAUUAUUAUGUUUUGUAAAUUAAUUUGUGUUUCACAAUCAGUAUUAAGCAUUUUUAUAUAAUUAAAAAGUGAAGAAACCUGCACCAUGUAAAGAUGGAUAGAGUGGAAAAAAAGAUUUAAUAUUUUUUAUUGAAAUCAAAAGGGCAUUUUGCCUGAUUUCUUUGUGAACUGAGUGUCUGCUCUGAAGCAUGGAAUCUCUUGCUAUUCAGUGUUAAGUACCAUGUAUGACUUUUUAGCCCAUGAUUUUUUGAGAUUAAACCUGAAAAGAUCCACAACAACCAUCUGUCAUUUAUCAGUAAACUGUUUCAAUA